ACAUAAAACGUCACACUUCGUUUUAACAUUUGCUUAGAGUGUGAGGUCUUCUCUGUUUCAAAUGUGGAAGAAAGCUACUAAUUUUUCUGGAAGUGCAGAAGAAAUAAAAGAAUUAGAAAUCGUCUUUGCAGCAUAGAACAGCUAUUUGAUCCUACUUGUUUUCCAAGAUAUGUGGUUUUAGCAUGUACAGUACUACAGAUAUAUAUGAUGAUGUUGAUGAUGACAUUCCAACUCAGUAUGUCAUUCAGCAAAGUCUGCAGGACAUUCAAAAGAGUGAGAAAGAGGCUACAGCAAGAAAUGACAGCUUUAAUUUUGCUACAAGUACAGAUUACAGGAAGAUCAUCACUGCCAUUCGGACAGGUGAAGAAGAGGCUUUGCUUAAGUUAAUGAGGUGUGGCUCUGCUUUUCGGGAAGCAGACCAGCAAGGGUGCCUUCCUUUACAUGAAGCUGCAGCACAACCCAACAAGAAUAUUCUAGAAAUAACUCUGAAAGCUUCACACCCCGUGGUGUGGCAACUGACAAACCUGAAAGGGGAAACACCUCUGUUUGUAGCAGUGGACAAAUGUCUUGAGAAAAAUGUCAAAUUUCUCCUCAUCAAUGGUUUUAAUCCUGAUGUGAAAAAUGAAGAAGGAGAUUCUGCUUUAAUUAUUGCAAUUAAACACAAUUCGUACGAAAUUGUCUCCUUGCUGAUACAAUUUGGUGCCGAUGUCAAUCUCCAGUGUGUCAACAAGAGGACAGCUUUACAUGAGGCGGCCAGGCUAGGCUUUAAAAACAUGGUGGAGCUUUUGCUUUGGUCUAAAGCAGAUCCGGAUCCACGGAGUGCAUAUGGACUCACCCCUCUAGCACUGGCAGCGCAGAAUGGGCAUACAGAAAUUCUGGAAAUUCUAUUGCGUAAAGGUGCCAAUGUUCUUUCCCAGGCAUCUGAUUGUGCAUCCAUAUUAUUUGAAGCGGCUGGAGGAGGAAAUCCCGAUUGUGUCUCUCUCCUACUAGAGUAUGGAGCUGAUGCUAAUGUACCAAAGCAUUCAGGUCACCUGCCCAUUCACAGAGCUGCUUAUAGAGGACACCUCUUAGUUGUACAGAUCUUGGUUCCAGUGACGGACAGUGCUGCCAUCAAGGAGAGUGGGAUCAGUCCAGUUCACUCUGCAGCCGCAGGUGGACAUCCUCAGUGCCUUGAGUUCCUUCUCAAAUCUGGAUUUGAUGCCAAUUUUAUGUUGCAUCAGAGAAUUCGCAAAGGCUAUGAUGAUGAGAGGAGGUCAGCCUUGUAUUUUGCUGUCUCUAAUGGGGAUAUUGACUCUGUUCAGUUGCUCCUGGAUGCUGGAGCCCUACCAAACCAAGACCCAGUUAACUGUCUCCAGCUGGCCUUGAGAAUGGGCAACUAUGAGCUCAUUGGUAUUCUGCUUCGGCAUGGGGCCAAUGUGAACUAUUUCUGUAGGGUUAAUACAACACAUUUCCCAUCAGCUCUGCAGUACACGUUGAAAGAUGAAGUAAUGUUAAGGAUGUUGCUGAAUUAUGGGUACAAUGUUCACCGCUGCUUCGAUUGUCCUCAUGGAGCCAGUGUGCAUUCCCAGUACAUAUUUGAAGGCUGGACCUCAACUGUUAUCAAAGACACAAUGUUCUGCGAGGUGAUAACAGUAGCGUGGUUAAGGCACCUGUCUGGGAAAGUGGUGCGUGUGAUGCUAGAUUAUGUUGAUCAUGUCAAGAUCUGCUCUAAGCUUCAAGUUGUACUUCAAGAACAGAAACUCUGGCCAGAAAUCCACGAAAUUUUGACAAACACCCGUUCUCUGCAACAUCUUUGUCGUCUGAAAAUCCGCAAGUGCUUAGGACGUUUGCGUCUACGCUGCCCUGUCUUCCUUACAUUUCUGCGAUUACCAAACCGUUUGAAAGACUAUAUUCUCUAUAAGGAAUAUGAUCUCUAUGGACAAGGAAACCUCAAAGGAAUUUACUAAUGCAGAAGCAGAACCAGUGGAUAUGCUCCCAGUUCCAUGGCUGAAGGAUCUUAUGCAUGCUUCCCUUCUCCCCAAAUACUCCUCACUGCUUUCACUCUGGAAGCUCCAGGAAGAAAAGGCACAACCGAUUCUUGGCCUGGACAGGUGUGAUUCUCAGGAGUGCUUCAUUUAUUGGUGUCACACCCUUGAGCCUUGCCACCUCAGCCAGAUCUACUAUUACAAGACCCAGUAUUACAAGAAGAACCAGGGCGGUUGAGAGCAUGGUGCUUGAGCAGCAACAUUUAAAUCUAAAUGACAUCUCAAUGUGGAACCCAUUGUGGAACCUUCAGAAAAUAUUUUGGCCUUACAGCAUCAUCCUAUUGAGUCACUGAAGUCUAUGCCUCUCCUGCUCCUGUCCUUCCAGGUAGUGUUCUUAGUUGCAAUCACAUUGGAUUCAGAGCUAUGUGCUCUUUCUUUAGCAAGAUAUCUGUGCUUUUUCAUAAGGACAGUGAGUUGUUCCUUCUUUUGUGCCAAAGGUUAACACUAGCUUCCAUGGCAAACACUGUCAACUUUUUGCCCUGAUCUUGUCCAUUCCCUUGGUGUGAGAAAGGCGAUAAUGUACCCUUUUAAUGCCCUCCUCACAUCAGCAGAAUGAUAGAUUUUAGACAAAGGCUCUUUUGUGUCUUUUCAUCCUACAACCUUUAGUUAAAAGGUGCCAUCCACUAUCAGAGCAUGUUGGCUUAUAACAGCAUUUAUUUCAUCCUAUGAAGCAUUAGUUACCUGUACCAAGAAACAUUAUGGUUCAUUUAAGUAAAUUUAAGACAACUACAGCAGCCUUCCCUACAAAUGAAUCUAUUUUGAGACCUGACUGAUGGGUUGAUCUUUACCAAAUGCAAUCACAAAGCAUUAUAAAAUUGUUACUUAUGUCUUAGGAGGCAUGUGAUAUGUCUUGAAGACCUAGACAGCAUGCUUUCCCCACCUUAAUAUCACCUGCUUUUGUGCAUCCCACUUACUGAACUGUCAUUCAAGAAGGUGGCACUGUUGAUCUCGCCUGAAACAUGUCUCCUUGAUGAUAGUCCCUCAAGGCCUCAGAUUAUAUCCUGGGGUAAGGGCAGCUUUCAGUCAGCAUUAUCUUCAAAUGAAUUUUCUUUUAAUGUAUUGUUAUCUGUAACUUGUAAUUUGUUUUACAAUUUCUACUUUUUAUCAUGUUCUUCAAAUUUUAUGUUUAUUUCUGUUUGAUAUAUAACUGUGAUAGGGAAGUCGGUAUGGUAGCAAUGCAGAUUGUGUUACAGUGGUACCUCAGUUCUCAAAUGCCUUUGAAGUCAAACAUUUUGGAAUUCAAAUGCCAAAAACCCAGAAGUAAAUGCCUCGGUUUUCGAACGUACCUUGGAACUUGAAUGGGAAACGCUGCUUCCGUUUUGAGUUUUCCAUAUUGAGGCUUCCGCUUUCAGUUUUCGAAUGUUUUGGAACUCGAAUUAUGUUAGAAAACCAAGGUACCACUGUAUUUCUAUUUUCAUGUAUCUUUGUGUCCUGGUCAUGUCGUGAAAGAGCCUGGCUAGGACAGAGUGAGCAGAGUAACCUACUUUCUUGCAUUUGAUGCAUUUCCUGCCUUUCUCACUUGAGGGAUGAUGACCCAAGAGAAAAACCUUUCAGGUUAGACCAGUGGCCCCUUUUCUACCAAGUUGUGGGACCUGUACACACUACAUAAACCAGAUACUUGCAAAUUCAUGGUUAGAUGUCUAGACUUUGACAAUGGGAAUUCCACUAUUACGCAGGUAUAAACGUACUCUCCCUUAAUGUUUCGAACAUACAGAUUAUAUAUGGGAACAAUGGCAGGUUUCAGUUCCACAAAGAGCAUUAAGCCCUUUGAGAUCAAUAUUUAACAGGAAGAUAAAAAAUAACUGGUUAUAUAAAUGAGAAAAUUUGGUAUUAUACACAUUAUAAUACAGUGAUUUAACAUACAUGUAUACACACACAUAUACAUAUCCAAAUUGCAGGUGACAACUGCUAGAGGUUAGCUUGAAACAUGAGAACAAAGCAACUCAUCUGUCAGAUGAAGUGAACUGGUUAUAUCAAAUUUUAUCUUCUCUGGGAGCACUGUUAAAUAUGGCUUUAAGGGCUCAAAAAAGUGGUAUACUUUAAUAUAGAUUUGCCAACUGAGCUGCCCAAAAAUAUGAAAACUUAAUUAAAAUUAGUCUACCUUACAAUGAAGAGAACUAUGAACUAUAUGGGUGGCAUUCCCUCAAUCUUAUUCUAAGGGAGACAGAAGAAGAUGGCACUACUGCUCAAUGGGCUCCUGCAGUCCAUUUGGUUUACUGGAGUGAUAUCCCUCUCCUUCAGAUAGCUUAGAACAGAAACACCCCCAAUGUGUAUGAAAAAGCUUCUUAACACAAAUUACGAUGAAGUGUUAUAAAGGCCAAAAUGAAUUUCCCCUCCCCAGCUCUCUGGAGAAGGGUGGAAAAGGUCUGGCGUAUUCUGAAAAGUCCUGAAUAUUGGCUGCUGCAUUUUCUUUUGCUACAGAAAAGCUAAAUUCUCCUUUGGGUCUACUUUUCCCCAAAGUUAGGUGUUCUUGGUAACUGAAAACCUGCUGGGGUUGAAAGAAGUGAUGCAUAGAUUUUGCAAAGCUUGGGAAGAAUAUUGGUUUCUUCUCUCACCUUGUUUCUAAAAAGUUACUGAAUAUAUUUUGUUGAUUUCUUUUAAGAAGUGAUUUAGAUAAAAGGCAGACCACAUUAGAAAGUAGUGAAUCAACAGGCUGAAAUUGAUUUCUUUAUGUUAUCUACUCACAAUUUGAGUUGGUUGCCGAUGCAAUGAAUGGGUUGGGUAUUAUCUCGUCAUGUGACAGAGGCAGGAGAGCAUUUAGCAAGGGGCUCCAUCCCACUCAGCAGUGUGCGCCUCAGGAGCGGCCAAGCACCAGCCAGGGAGCUGGGAGGGGGCCCUCAAGGGAAGGGCCAAGGAGGAAGCAAGCUGCUCCAUGGUGAUGGAAACGAGCCCGGCUGGGAGGCAGGCGGAGGCAGCAGCACUAAAAAGCCGAAGUUUCACUUGCACAUCAAGACACUGACGGAUCAUGUGGAUUACAAAGCCAUUGACAUUUGCUGACUGUGUUGGCGAUGAACUGCCUUUAGGAUGGGAAACUGUUUAUGAUCAACAGAUUGGUGUUUAUUACAUGGACCAUAUCAAUCUGAACCAGACCAAGAGGAGGAGGAAUGAAGGAAAACAGAAAUCAGGCCUGAGAACUGAGGUCACUGUCAAGAGAAUGGCCACGAUCCCCUCAGG